AUGAGCAAAUCAGAAACUUGGAAAAAGACGCCAUGUAAGUGUGGAAAUUCCAAGUUUAAAAGGACAGUCUGCUCGUUCAACGGACGCAAGUUUGGGUCAGAAAAGAAGAAGCUUGUUCAGGAAUUCAAGGAAGUAUCUGCGUUAGAGGAGUCUUUAACAAUGCUUCAAGAGAACGAAGUAAGUUCAUCCACGACUGCUGUGAACGAAGUGAAUUCAUCUACUACUGCAGAGAAUGAAGUGAAUUCAUUUACUACUGCUGAGAAUGGAGUGAGUUCAUCUACGACUGCUGAGAAUGGAGUCAAUUCAUCCACUACUGCGGAAUCAAAGGAAAAAGCUGAUGACACUAUCGAGAAAUUGCUGAAACAAUUAUUCACCUCCUUCUCAAUCUCAAACGAAGACAAUUAUUUUGUGAGAACAAAGAAAGUGAGAUUGAAACUCACUUCAAAACAAAAGAAGGUCUUUGAAAGAUUUUUCUUCAAUUCUAACCAUGCUUAUAACGAAGCAUGUCUCCUUCAUUUCAUGUUAGAGCAAAACAAGGGAAAAACACUCCUUACCACCACAGAAGACGAUUACUUUAAAAUUUUGAAGAAUCCCCAAACCAACCUGAGAUUCAAACAAACUAGGUGGCUAUGGGAUCAAGAGUUGAAACAUUGUCCAGCAGAUAUUAAAUUGAACGCUGUGAAAGACUUUGUCAAGGCUGAGAAAAUUACUAGAUAUAAUAACAAGCAAGCAGCAGAAAAGGAAUCCAAAGAGGCUGCUCGAAAGGCCAAAUCCAAAUUUCUUAAAGAUGUUCAAAAAGGAAAGAAAGAGAUGAUUACUGAUGAGGAAUUGAACGAAAGAUUUAAUCCUAAGCAUUUUACUCGACAACCUCGUGAAUUCGAAAUGAAAGGACGAAGCACUCAACAUCCCUAUCAGUCGUUCAAGGUGACAAAUAUUUCAUUAUCACAGGAAGGAGUGUUGUUAAAACCUACCUUUUUUAAAGGGAAUGAAAGUGCAUGCCCUUCCAAGAAAUCUACGGAUCAUCUUUUGAAAUUUUAUUAUCCUGCAAGAGCACGAAAGUGGUUAAAGGAAGAGAUUGGUAUGUAUAUAUAUGUAUUUCGAUUUUACUUACAUGUGAUUUGA